UGAUUGAUGGUACAACAGCUCCGCCAGUGCAGAAGCAAGAGAGAGAAGGCAGGCUGCUGCCUCCCUGUCGUGACCGAGCAAAGAGGGUCAGGUCGGCCUCGCCAGUCGAACAUCGCCCCUCGUCCACAUGGCGGAGGGCGGGGAGAAGGCUGCUGCUGGCCUGUCCAGCGACUCGACUCUUGAACGCCCGAAUGUGGACGUGGAGAUGGAUUUGGAGCCUCCGGACGAGGCAGAGGAGAAGAGAGGGCAGGAGCAAGUGGCUGAAGAGGGACAAGGUGCAACUGCGCAAACACGCGCUGAGCAGACGCCCAUCGCCAUUCCUCCGAGUCCUCCGCCGAGACGGCAACUCCGAGCGCGAAAGGCAGCCCAGCUCAAACCUUAUACGACCGAGAUGGAACGGUACAAGCGAAGGCUGAUUCGAAACGACUGGCAGGACGCCCUCGUGGCCAAUCCAAGCUUGCUACGCGCCCUGAGGGAGAGGAGGAAGGAGGAGGAGGGUGCCCAGGCCGCCAAUAUGGAGGCGAGCCAAUUCGUACAAGAAGCCAUUGAAGAGCGCAGGAAGCAGAGGCGCGCCCGACGGGACAAAGCCGAUCCUCAAAGAAACGGGUCAAGACAGCGACGACAGAAUCCCGAAGAAUUGGCUCGGGGCAUCAAGGGCAAGGGCAAGGACAGAGAAGGAGAGAGGCCGCACAAACAGAAGCGCCUAACUGAAGAGGAAAUCACUGCAAUUAUCGGACCAGCUCUGUCGUCUUCCGAUGAUGGCGAAAACGAUGAUGACAAUACAAGCGAUAGUGGCGAGGGAGAGGCGAUGAUGCUGCGCAACAGGCAGCAUAGUGCCGUCGACGACACUGGAACCAAUCUCGAAAUGGCCCGAUUGAGCGAUCGAAACGAGAUCCGAUCCAACAACGUAAUCGACUUGGUACACGAGACCGAUGGACAGAGAAGCAGUGCUGGAGAAGAAGAAGAGGAAGAGGAAGAGGAAGAAGAGGAAGAGGAGGAAGGUUCUUCGCAUCUUCACAGUCACCUUGGCCCACUCGGCGGACCUCGCAAGAACCGAGAUCCGGCCGAGUACGACAAGCUCUUUCGAUAUUUGCGUCGAAUGAUGCCAAUCGGUCAGGCCCGUCGAUACAUCGAAGACGUCAAGGCCAUGGACAGGGAGUACGAGGAAGGUGGUGGGCGUCUUCGUCGUCAAAGGGCUACUUUGGUCGAUGAGGAAGACGCACAAGGAAACAGAAAACGGCAAGAUGCCUCGAGAUCGGCCUCUCCUUCGCUAAGGCCAGGGCAAGCAAAGAAAAAGGCGCCAGUAGACAGACGGCAAUAUGUCGACGAUGGCCGAUUUGAUCUUGUGGGCGACCCCGAGGACGAAGAUAACUCACCGUCGGCACUUGCGACGCCGAGUUCGCUGUCGCACGAUGACGAGAGCUGGAGCAGGAUGAGCUCGCCCUUGACGUCUGUUUUCGAUGGUCAGCGAACGGGGCCAGGUGAUCAUCGCCAUCACGUCAUAGGGGAGGCGUGGCCAGUAAGCAUCGAUUCCAGCGACGAGGAGGUAGAGGAAGACGAUGAUGAGAGCUUUGCAGCUUGGUGGGUGACCUAUCCUCAGAGCAGACUAGCUGCAAGAAAAGGGAAGAAGGUGUCAAGGAGGGCGCACGUCAGGGAAGACGAAAUCGACAGGAUGCUGACACGGGCGGCUACGACGACCAAGAGAAGGCACGGUGACGCUUCUGGAGGCUACCGGCGGCAACGUGAUCCCGCCCCGAAUCCUCGCACAAAGUCUCGAAAGGCAAUGGCUCGGAUGCCUCGCCCGGAAGCGCAGAGGACAUUGGCACCAGCCAGACCGCGAGGUAACUUUGUAGCCAAAGCACGACCUGCCGCCAGGUCGCCUCGGAUGACUGGCAUCCCAAGCGGGAUCACAACUGCAAGGUCAAAUCCACCCGUUGUCGAACCGAGGCAGCGCCGUCUUCUGUCUUUUGAUGAUGACGGUCUCUUUGAAGCGGCUUCCGGCAUCGAGCCGACGAUGAUAGAGACAGUCGCCGGGACGAAGGCCACACGUCAACCUCGGCUCCCGCUCUCGGCCUUGGUGCCCCGCCAGGAUCACAAUCUGCAAGGGUUUUCUCGAGGAGAGGACUCGCCAGUAACCAAGGACAAGAAGAUGAGGAUCCCUCACCAGACACAUCUCGACGAUCACUUGACGAAGAGCUCGGGAGUCGCAUCUCCGCAGGGCCAUAUCAAAGUCGAUGAGGCAGAGACGUGGGCCGACUUGGGCGAUGUCCGCAUCGAUUUCGAUAUUUUGCCGCCUCCUUUGGGCAUGUCCUUUGCGCCAGACACGUACUUGGGCAAGGGAAGGCUUCAUGAGCUUCUUCACUUCGAGGACAAAAAGCCCAAGCCACAGUUCACAUCCAUCUUUGGUGUCGAUUUUGAUCCCACGACGUUCGACAUGUGCAGGCAAGGGCCUGAGGUGGCAACGGCAAUGGACGCCAUCUUCGAUGAGGUCUGCAAGCAACUCACCCUCUCGCAAGAGUCGCAACAGGACGUGCAAUGGCCUCUCAGAACGAUCCGAACACGAGCGGCUGACCUGCUCCGCUUCUUGAACCUGGCCAUGUCCAGCCUCGAGGGACAGGAAUCGCCAUCGGACAUCCGCAAGACUGCAUAUUGGCUCGCCAAUCGCAUCGAUCACCUACUCGAACGGCUGCGUCUUGGUUUGUGCGAAUCACAAAAGCGAUACAAGGGCGACGUCUUCCGUCUCCAACUUACUCUUCGAUGGGCAAAGGUCGAGCUCUUCUGGCGGGUGCGUGCGCUCUGCCUCGAUGGCGCCCGUGACGACCUAAUAGACGGAUUACGCGAUGGUCUUGACGAGGACGACGAUGUAGAAGGAUCUCUCGAUGCGGCUUGUCGACAAGUGAUGCUGAGCCUGCUUGUGCAUGGCUUCCAUCGGACGAUGAAGGGCUACAAAGGUGCCUGUGAGCGCCAGAGAGGCGGUAGUACAUGCGGUGUUGAUGAGACGGGGUUUCGCGAUGAGAGUGCAGAGACUUGGGUCUGCUUGAUCCAUCUCCUCUCGAAGUGUCGCUUUAAUCCGCAGGAUCGAUUCUGGGGCGUUUUCGACGAAGCCUAUCAGCAGUACCAGGCCCUCUUCUCGGCCAAGGCCAGGUCCUCGGUCGGCCAGGCUGAGGCAACCUGGUUCAUCAUCUAUGCACUUUGCGCCCUCUCUCGCUUUUCGGCGUCCAUUGGAGCUUCCUCGACAAAGUCGCCCCUCGAAGCCAAUUGGUCACUGGUGGGCAAGGUGGUGGGGUCGGUCAAGCUCCGCUUUGACGACCAUGUCGAAAGCAAAUUGUCGAGCCGAGCGCUGAAGAAGCGAGACGGCUACAUUCGCAUCAUCCUGGCUAGAAUACUCCUCCUGGCUCAGCGUGCUGCCUGGAAAUUCCAGGAAGCCGAGGCGAUGCUUGCCGCGCUGUUUCAGAUCUUUGAGAGUCACCGACUGGCCGAUCUUCCGACGGACGAAGAACACGAUUUCGCACCCUUCUUGUACCGCUACGACGACUCUGCCCUCUAUUCGAUCGAUGACACAGAGCGGACAGGCGGUGAAAGCGCCUUUCAAACGUUCCUGUGCAUAUUGGCGUGGGCGGCUCGAGACUUGAAGCAAGGCGCCGGCGCCGGCGCCGGCCAAGGUGGAGACCGUAUGGUGUCCAGGCUCUUUUCAAGAAUGACACCAGUCCGAAUCAUGGACUUUACCCGGCAAAGGCCGCCCACGAACCACGAGCGGUCGUCACUCUUUAACCAUUACUCGAUUGCCAUGCUCAACCUGCAUCUUGUUCCCAGUGCCCAUGUCCAGCGCUUUCGACAGAUCCGGAGCUUCUUGGCGUUCGAGAAGGCGGAUUGGCGCUCGCAGCUAGCCUGCAUCAGGGCCAUGAUGUACGCUGCUGUCCUGUACCAACACCACAAUCUCGAUGUCGCCCCCGUCGCCUCGUGGUUCUCGUCCAUUCUGAGAUCUCUCUUGACCGAUUUCGACGAGCUACAAAGAACGAGACCCGAGCCGGGACAGAGCUUUGCAUACGGCAGGAGGGUUGGCGAGGUGACGAACCUGCUCAAGGCAUCGCUUCGCUCUGUCCAGUACGUGAUUCGUCAUCCCGGCUUAAGGCACAGUUGCCAGCACGAGGAGUCACGUCGAGUCAGGUAUCCAGAUGUAUCACUGAUAGACCCCGCCUGGACGGAGAAGCUGUUCGACUCGCAGGCGAUCAUGAGCGCCGACAUUGCCCGCGAGGCUUUCGCAUGUCUUUGGCGCUUCCUCGAAGCAAGAAGUGAGGCAGUUCAAGAAGCGGCAAUCACCAGCUCGACCGUCCAGCCCGCAGCGGCACAAGACGAGGACAGUCAGGAUAGUUAUGCAGAAUUGUUCGAUGAAGUCGACUUUGACGAUCCAGCCUUGGCCCGGAUGCUCGAUGUAGGGGCUGAAGCGAUGGCAGGCGCAGCGCCAACGACCUCUUCUCAACGGCAGGAAGACCAGGAUGGGAUCCUUGUCAGGCGAAAGGAUCGAGAAUUUGCAGAGCUUGCCGCCAGCAGGAUUUCCCCUGCCAUCUUUCGCUUCAUCACAAAUUCCCUUCACCCUGAUCGGAUCGGCUCAAGAGCAUACGUGCUGGCUUGCUCCGACGAUGAAGAAGACGAGGAACUGGAAAUAGUUACCAAAGACGACGAUGGAGAAGAGCAACGCCAAUCUCUCGAAGCGGCAAUUGACGUAUGGGUCUCAUUCGCGUCCGCAGUUGUUGCCUCCUCGUCUGGUGCCCGCUCUUGGGUAGGCUACGUCAACUUCGGUGGCAAAGAAUCAUUCAAGAAUCUUUCGCACGGUAUUCACAAGCGCGAAGUAGGCCUCCGCUUUCUCUGGAACGUGCUUCAUCUCCUCGAGCAGAAAAACGAGCUAGACCGCUUCGACGAGCUUAGCAAGGAUAUGUGGAGCAUCUGGUUUGCGUCAAUUGUUGCAAGGCGCCUCUCUGUCGUUCUGCCGGACUUCACAGCGAUGCUGGCAAAGAUGGACGUGAAACUCUUCGAAGGGUCCAACUUCCGUGACGGUGGCGAGAAGAGACAGGAACACUUCAAGAAGACGAGGCUCGACCUCUUGCUGUGCAUCCUCGAGAACGUCGACAAGACUCUCGCCAACGACAAGGACAAAGUCGUGGCACAGCGCGUCGUCGGUGGUCUCUCGUCGCUCCUCUCCUCUUUGAGAAUCUAUGUCGAGGAGGUCAUCUCUUCCUCUGCGGAGGGCAAAGGACACACGAGGGGUAAAGACUACGUGGACUUCAGCGGGAGAGUCCUGUCCGCGCUGGAACGCAAAGUCGCAAAUGAAGAAGUAAGGAGGGGAAUUAAGGUAGAGCUGGGUCGGACGAAAGCCGUGGUGCAAAGGGCGCAGGAGAUUGUGUAGGAACUGUACUGUAUCAGUAAAGCUAGCUAGCAUAUACCACUGCAGAAUCAUUAUCCAGCCGUGCGUCUCGACUAGCAAUGAGA